GGCUGCCCUCAGAAUGCCUACGACGCGCUCGCAGUCCAGAGGGACACCGUCGUCGACGCCGGCACCAGUGAAGCGGAAAGCAGACGACGCAGACGCAGCAGCAUCAGCUUCGAAAGCAAAAAAACCUCGCUCGACCAAAGCCAAGCCCUCGACGCCUCGGGUUGCCAAAGACGCGGUCUCUACUGAGUCUCAGCUUGUUCCUCCUCCGCCGCCUCCAACAAUACCAGGUUCUGAACCUGAGAAGAUUUUGCCUGCGAUUCUUACCUUCGACUAUGCGGAAGCCAAGCGCCAUCUUAUCUCGGUAGACUCGAGAUUCGAGGAGCUCUUCAAGCGUCUUCCUUGCAAGCCAUACGAGCAACUGGAAACCGUUCAUCCUUUCCGCGCGUUGACGAUGUCCAUCUUGGGUCAGCAGAUCUCGUGGCUUGCUGCACGGUCCAUAAACCACAGGUUCAGACGACUGUACGACCCAACGCUUCCAGAAAAGCCAACGCAACACUCCGAUUCUCGAGACCCAGAAGCCUCCUUUCCAACGCCGGCUCAGGUCGCAAAUACCGCGAUCCCGACGCUGCGCUCAGCUGGUCUCAGCCAGCGCAAGGCCGAAUAUAUCCAAGACUUAGCGAGGCGCUUCGCGGAUGGAAGCCUUUCGACAGAUAAGCUCCUCCAGGCAACCGAUGAAGAGCUCGCGGAGAUGCUGAUUGCCGUCAAGGGGAUAGGUCGUUGGACGGUUGACAUGUUCGCCAUGUUCUCCCUCCGCCGACCGAACAUCCUCCCCGUCGGGGACCUCGGCGUGCAGCGCGGGCUCGCGCGCUGGGUGCUUGCGCUGCACUCAGAGAAGGACCCUGUGGCGAUCUCGCCGCAGAAGCUAAGCGAUCAGGAUAGGGAAGCGCAUGCGCAGGCCAGUGCUGCGAAGGAGGAUCAGUCGAGCGCGAAGAGGGCGUCCUCCAAACGCGGUGCGACCCCGAAGGCGAAGGACAAAGACGCCGUCCCCGAUGUAGCGUCCAUGCUCGCGCCGCAGGAGUCCUCCGUCCUCCCUGUGGAAGGCGACCUGGAUGGGGUUGCUGCUAACGUCGAGGAUGAAGAUUCGGACGGCCCUUUGCCGCCGCCGUUUACGCCGUCGGUGAACAAGGUGCUUGCGAGAGGUGCGGAGGAUGGACCGCCACCACCGUUACCUGCGGGUCUGUCAGUGACGGAGCUGAGGACGCGGCUGACGGGGAAGAAGAAGAUCAAGGGCGCGUUGUUGACGCCUGCGGAGAUGGAGGCGAUGACAGAGGCGUGGAAGCCGUAUCGUAGUCUCGGCGUCUACUACAUGUGGACGCUUUCUGAAGGCGAAUGA